ACGGAAACCGACCAAGUGACGCCGCAGGAUAUGCAACGAGUCCGUGCCAGCUGCUUGGGCCCUAUCCCCACUUUCCCGCUCUCCCCCUGCGUCAAUCUGCCGGCCCUUUCAGAGAUCAGAGGCCUCGACGGUGACCUCGCGAUGUACAUAGCAGAGCGCGAAUGGGCCAUGGAGUCUCUGCAGCAGGUGCAGGGUGUGAUGGACCUGUGGAACCCAUCCUUGUGGGCAUUGCUCAAGACAGCCGCCUCUCUCAAGGAGCUUGAUCUGCGUGCAGACCCCCGUGUGGUCGCCGGGGCGCUGUCGGGCGUGCCACGACCAGCUGAUGGGCAGAGAGGGCGGUUGGCAGGGCUCCGGACCAUCGGCACACUCGUGCUGAGAGGAGACGACGCAGCGCACAUCAAUCGACUGACGGUACGCAAACAAAUGCAUGGAGGCUUAGUCUUUGUUGAUUGGUUGGUCCUUUCGUCUCUCAGGAUAUAUUGGUUGCUCACGGCUGUAAGUCGCUCUCGGUGGUCAACGUCCAACUCCAGGUCGACCCGGUUUUCUCCUCGAGGCUCUUCCCCCAACUCUCGGCCCUGGAGCGCCUCCGCCAAUCAGCUGGCAGCACCGCCAACAUUCCCAUCAACGUUACAACUUCAGGCGGCAUCCAUGGCUUCUUCUUCGUGCUCCCUCCGAAUUUGCCCCCCUUUGCCGCCCCAUUCUUCACCGACACUGUCAAGAAGAUCGCCAGCGAAGCCAAGGCGGUCUUCUGGGAUAUCGACGUGGCCCAGCUGCCCGCUCUCGACACGCCCACCGAGGACGACAGGCGUCUCAUCAGCAGUCUCACAUUUGGCAGGGCGGAGAGAGUCAACGUCUCCUAUCAAGAUGAUCUCCCUCCCAGCAACACGCCAGCCCCCGACCCUGUCGUCCUUCGUCAUCUGCAACCUGACGCCUUUCCCCUCGCCAAUGAGCUCAAUGCAUCGAGCACGGUGGCUGUACGCCACAUGAUCGAGGUUAUGCCGCAGCUGAAGAGUCUUUACGUGAGGGCGCGUCCGCCGUCGCCUGCUGGAGAGGUGUUGGGGUUGCUGAAGACGAUGGGUAGCGACAAGAAGCUGGGGAUUGUGGGAAGCUCAGUGGAGUGGCCUGGAGAGGGCGGGGUGCAGUGGGGCGAGGAGAGAGACCUGCUGCCGGAGAUAGGCCGACUGUCAGUGGACCCUCGCGGUGAGGUGAAAAGGAUGACAAAAUAUGGGCUCAAAUAAAAAGGGUGAAAGGUGUGUUUCUUUGUGUGCAGUACCGGAUGAUCCCCCUGAUAUUGCGAGUGUCGCUGAGACUGUCGCUGUGAGUGUGGAGUCGCUAAUCGCUCUGCGAGGCCUCAGCAGUGUCGGAGUGCACGCCUGGGGCAGCACACUCCUGACUACCAUGGAUGACGAUACGGCGGUUCGCGACGGCAUCCAGCAAGAGGUCGACACCCGAUUUCCCGGUGGCUUCAUCAAUGGGUUCCGCAUCAGGACUGGCAGCAAUGUCUGUGGCCUGCAUGUGUCGGCGGAACGAUGUGUGUGAGGAGGCCUUGUACGGCUCUGUGUGUGUGUAUUUAUUAAGAUUGUUUCUCGUCGUGGUUGAUCUGGAGAUCUGGAGAACGUGCGACAUGCGCGUAGGGCCGUUAUUUGGCGCGUGAGUUUGCAG